AUGGGCUCCCGAUUCCCAUCCCAUCAAUUGAGCAAUGGCCUUUAUGUGUCGGGUCGGCCUGAGCAGCCAAAAGAAAGGCCUCCUACAAUGAGCUCGGUUGCCAUGCCUUAUACUGGUGGCGAUAUCAAGAAGUCCGGAGAACUCGGUAAAAUGUUUGAUAUCCCUGGGGAUUCCUCCAGGUCAAGAAAAUCUGGACCUAUAAAUAAUGCCCCUUCGAGGACAGGGUCGUUUGGUGGAGCUGCAUCUCACUCAGGCCAGUUGAAUUCCGUAAAUCGGAUGGGUUCGGUUUCUUCUGGUAGUGUUCCCAGUUCAGUUUCAUUAAAGAAGACCAAUUCUGGGCCACUAAGUAAACAUGGGGAACCGAUGAAGAAGUCAUCAGGUCCUCAAGCUGGAGGGGCAACAGCUGUUUCCCGCCAAAAUUCUGGACCUCUUCUUCCAGUUCUUCCAGCCACAGGCCUCAUUACUUCUGGGCCAAUUUCUUCUGGCCCACUUAAUUCAUCAGGGGCUCCUCGAAAGGUAUCUGGCCAAUUGGACUCUACAGGAUCACUCAAGCUGCACAGUAUCUCUAUGGUUCACAACCAAGCUGUUACUCAUCUUUCCCAGGAGGAGGAAUAUUCAUUCCGAAAGAGCUUUCCAAAGGCAAUUCUUUGGUCGAUAAUUUUGCUGUUUGUGAUGGGGUUCAUUGCUGGUGGUUUUAUCCUUGGGGCAGUCCACAAUUCAAUUCUUCUCAUUGUUGUUGUUAUUCUUUUUGUUGCUGUCGGUACGGUCUUCACCUGGAAUACUUGUUGGGGAAGACGAGCUAUAACAGGUUUCAUUGCUCGUUAUCCAGAUGCUGAGCUUAGAACUGCCAGGGACGGCCAAUUUGUUAAAGUUUCUGGGGUCGUUACUUGCGGAAAUGUACCUCUAGAGUCCUCAUUCCAAAAGGUUCCUAGAUGUGUUUAUACAUCGACAAGUUUAUACGAGUACCGAGGAUGGGAUUCAAAAGCUGCGAACCCCACUCAUCGCCGUUUUACUUGGGGUAUCCGGUCACUUGAGAGGCAUGUGGUUGAUUUCUACAUUUCUGACUUCCAGUCUGGGUUGAGGGCAUUAGUUAAGACUGGUUAUGGUGCUAGGGUGACGCCAUACGUCGAUGAAUCCGUUGUUGUUGACAUCAAUCAGUCAAACAGGGAUAUGUCUCCAGAAUUCAUCAGGUGGAUGGGAGAAAGAAAGCUCUCGAGCGAUGAUCGUAUAAUGCGACUCAAAGAAGGGUACAUCAAAGAAGGCAGUACAGUUAGUGUGAUGGGAGUUGUCCAGCGAAAUGAUAAUGUGCUGAUGAUUGUUCCUCCACCGGAGCCAUUUUCUACAGGAUGUCAGUGGGCUAAAUGCAUUCUUCCUGCCAGCCUUGAGGGCAUUAUUUUGAGAUGCGAGGACUCUUCGAAGAUCGAUGUCAUUCCUGUGUAG